UGGUAAUCAUGGUUCAACCUUAGGCGCCAUAUAUAUAAAACCAAAACUAACAACCCAACACCGUUUCUUCAACUAUUUUUCUUUCUUCUUCUCUUCUCUUUCUUUCCGCCAUUUCCAUCUCUCACCAACCAAAUCUUCGCCAUUUUCUUCUUCCUCAUUCCCCCAUCAAUUAUUGGGCUCCCGCACUCAAUCAAUGCAACAACACUAACAACCAAACAAAACUUCCAAACUCUAAUUUAUUUGCCUUCAAUUCCUAACUUUCUCUCUCGUUUCCGGGAAAAUCGACCUUCCCAGAGACGAGAGAGGAGGUGACGGGAUUACAGGCCAAAAAUAUCAUUUUUCAAUACCAUUUUCUCCUUCAUUUGGAAAUCAUUUUUCGUAGCUUCCGUUGGCCAUCGCGUGUUCCGAGUCAGACCAGGGAGACCCACGUUGAGGAAUCGUCGAAAUUUCAAAACUUGCUUCAGAAUCUGAAUUGGGUAUGAACUUAGUGCGCGUGAAUUGAUCACAGCUCAUUAGGCUCUGGGGAGAGAAAACACAGAGAGAGAGAGAGAGAGAGAGAGAGAGAGAGAGAGAAAGAGAGAGAGAAAGGUGUCAUGGAUGAAGACUUCGGGAAGAUCGAGGUUGAAUACGCGCCUCUUUGCGAGGGACAGGAGAUUGACAUUGAAUACGAGUUCGACGCGCCUCAGUUCUUCGCUUUCACGCGUCAAGAGACGGCUUGGGACGCUUCCGAAGCAGAGCAGUGGUUUGAAUACGCCACGAGUUACCCACCUUCACCGUUUCUCUUGAAGGCGAGGUCGGGAAACUCUGAUAGUAUCACGGAGAAAGAACAAAUUUCAGAUGAUGAAGAUAAUGGCACAGACACGUCAAGUGGUAAGACAAAGCCUCUCAGCAAGUCAAGUUCAUCUAAAGGAAAAGAUUUCUCUUUUAUGAAACCAACAGCAAGUCAUUUGGCCAAGCAGAAGAACGUUUUAGAAGUUCGGAGCCCUGAGUCCAUCAGCAGGUUUCAGAGACAGAAUUCUUCUUCCACAGAUUGCGCAUUAACCAAAAGGCAAAAGCUAGAAGCUGGUUACUUGCGCAAGGCUGCCCGUUUGAAGCAUCAAAUUCGCUUUACACAUAAGACUAAGGAGGUUGAUCAGCCUGCUUCGAAUUCAGCAUCAAAAUCAAAUGUCACCGUUGCUAAAGAACCAAAUUUGAUGACAGCCCUUAGGGCUCAUAGACACACGUCUAAAAGCAGUGGUGAAUCAGCUGGACCUACACUAUCAAGUUCUCAGGAGUCUAAAGCAAGACCCUUGAAUAAAAAAAUUUUGGAGGGUCCUGCACAAACAUUGUCUAAGACGAAAACAUCACGACCAACACAAUGUCAAGAGUUCCACUUGAGAACAUCAGAGAGGGCAAUGCAAAACACAUAUAAUAAUGUUAGUUACCUAAAUUUGCUUUAGUUGUUGAUGUUAUUGUUGUGUAUUAAGAAUUGUUUGCUUCUGUUUCUGU